GACGCUUAACCAGCAGGUGCAGAUAAUCAUCUUGAGUUGGAUACACACAAGUUUGCUUCAGUGACCCCUCACCAACCCCCAAGGACAGAUGGGGCCUGUUACCAUGGAGAAAUAGCGAGCGUCUCCAGAUGCCACGCGCCGCAAGUCACUCCUCUAAAUCCACCUAUGCAAAGAUAGGCGCGUGUCAUACAACCCCCAUACAUGAAUUGGCAUGGCUCUUUUAAUUAGGUGUUUCUAUCAUCGAACCUCCAAGCUCUGAAUGUUAUAUAUGGUAUUUCCACCCCACAGAUAGAUAUAGAGAUAAUUGUGCAGAUCUACAAGUCUGUCAAUCUAAAGAUCACAGUUGUAUAGGUCAAUUUAGUUACUUAAAACACAUAACAGAAAUAAUCUAAACAGCUAAAUUCAACUAUACACGGCCUGGAUAUAUUUAUAUGUGGUUUCAUAAUACAGUUUCGACUUUGGGUAGUUAUGGGCAGGACAGUGCAAGUUUAUCUAAAUUAAUUGAACCAACUUGUAAUGAAAUCUGAAUCGUUUUUUAAUCUGCCAGUUUGCGUUUAUUUUAAUGCCCUUCUUUAUUUUUUGGCUAAAUUGUGCUUCGGUUUUGAUCUAUUCAUCAACUAUUCUUUUAGAAGUCUUGAGUGUGUGUAGGCACGCGCCGGAGAAGGGGGGUCUGUAUUAUCUUCGGACAGCCAAUCACAAAGAGCAGUGUAAACGCGUGCCGGUGGCUGACUAUAAAUACUGUCCACGUUCCACGAAGGAGUCAAACUCUUUUCGACACAGUUCGAACACAACCACCCCACACUUCUCGCUCGCUUCGGAAUUACUAAACUUCAAGAUGAAUACUGGCAAAACUUUGAAGGAGGCUCUUCAGAAUGCCCAGGCUGACGGUCGCGUUACCGUUGGAGUCUACGAGUGCGCAAAAAUAAUGACAGAAGACCCAGACAGUGUGUCUUUCUGCGUGCUGGCAACUGAUGCCUUCGAAUGUGACAUAGCUCUUCAGAUUCACUUCACCCUUAUCCAGGCUUACUGCUUUGACAAUGACAUCAGCAUUGUGAGAGUCAACGACAUGCAGCGCAUCUCAAAGAUUGUUGGGGACAAAUCUCAGCAUCUUGAGGAUGCUCACUGUGUUCUCAUCACGGUAUGUUAUAGAUCAACUCAACCUUUAAACUGAUCAACUUUAUUCAGACUUUGACAAACAGUGACACCCUUGCAAUGGCAUUAAUGUUUCAUUUCUUUCCUUCUCAACAGAACCCUGCUGAAGGUUUGUGGGAAGAUCCAGCCCUUGAGAAGCUGCACCUGUUCUGCGAAGAAAGCCGCAGCCUGAACGAGUGGGUUCCAGAGAUCACUCUUCCUGAGCGUUGAUCUGGGCCUUUGGUCUUCUCUGCUCAACAUGCUGUUUACCUGAAGGAAUACCCAUCCUACUUGAUAGGAUGAUACAAUUUUCCUGCAACCCUGGAUGCUCCUGAGGAGGUUCUCAGUCCAGGCACCGCGAGGUUAUGCCCGAGUGGCCCUCGCGGUUAUUGUCGUUCCUCGUCCCGUCCAUGCCAAGUUGACCCUGAUUCUUUAUGUGAACCAGGGGCAGGCAUGCCACGAGAGCGACACAAUGACCCUCAUUCUUUGUGCGGAUGAGGUUUGGAGAGGAAGGAGUUUUUGCGUCUGUUGGCUUGUCACAGAGCAAAUAUCACUUGCGUUGGUACACGCAGAGGACGAAGUGGUCGUCGAAUGAAGCAUGCUUUUAAAAAAAUGGACUUAACAUCAUACUCAUUUUUUUAAAUAAGCACUGCAGAGCCAGGGUGUAUACUCUCUGUGCUCUGCAAAAAAUGUUUCUCACUUUCCAGAAUUGUCAUUAAUCUCUAAAGGUUUCACUUUAGAAAUUGUUGUUGUUGUUAUUAUUAUUGUCUACUAUUAUUUGUAUUGUUGUAGUACAAAAGAAAAAAAAGAAUAAAUAAAGAAAAGUAGAGUGUAUUCCACCUUGUGAAAGUUGUAUUUCUACUGAGUGAAAAAAUGGCUGACAUUUGCAGUCAGGAGUCACAGUUGCAGAAGAAGUGAGACUCCGAGCCGAGCUCAAGUGGCCAAAUGACCUUCCAACAGACCCUCACGUCCACUGUGCUGCUACUUUAUGGGUAGCAUUACGCAUCAACACAACAAGAACACUAGAUUCAAACUGUUAGCCCACUACUGUCAUGCCCACCACUGUC